ACAACUAACGAGUGAAUCAAAGUAACGUGUGUCUGUAGUUCCCCACAAAAAAAAAGUUUGCAGAAUCGUCUCGGCAGGAACCUUGUGUUGAGGCAGCUGUUUCCUUCCAUGCGCGGGCACAGCAGAGAGAAGCUGAACCACUUUGUAUCGUUUGGGUCGAGCCGCGUCUGAGAAGCAGAGCAGGUGCGAGUCCGUUAGCUCACAGACUCGAGUCUCACUCUCUCGUUUCUCUGCUGUGGACAUGGAUUUCAAAAUCCGCACUGGGACCAAAGAUGACUGCAAAGACAUGUCGAGGAUGAUAAAGGAGCUGGCUGUUUUUGAAAAGAAGCUGGAUGAGGUAAAGACGUCCCAUGAAGAACUGGAGAGGGACGGGUUCUGCCAGAAUCCCUUUUUUGAAUUUCUCGUUGCCGAAGUUCCUGAGGAGCAUAAAUCCAAAGAGGGAUUCAGAGUUGUCGGCUACGCCCUUUACUUUUACACCUUCAGUACAUGGAAGGGUCGGGCGAUGUAUAUGGAAGACCUGUAUGUGAUGGAAGAAUUCAGAGGAAAGGGUAUUGGCAAGGGUCUAAUGAGCAAAGUUGCAGAGAUGGGGAAAAAGAAUCUGUGCGUGCGGUUGCAGUUUUCCGUGUUGGACUGGAAUACUCCUGCUCGAGAGUUCUAUACUGCUAAAGGAGCUCGGGACAUCACUGAGAAGGACGGCUGGCACUUUAUUCGUUUUGAAGGACAGGAGUUCGACGAUUUAGCAGAAAGUGCACCUAAAGAUUAGUUGUUCUACAAGGAAGAUCUACAGUGGAUCCAGCUAGGAGGUUAUUCUUCAUUUUGUUAUUUUAAUCUUCUAGCAGGAUUACACAAAAAAGUCUCAACAGAAUUCUUUUGAAACUUGGUGGAAGGGGGUUGUGCCAAGAAAGAGAUCAUGAACCUUUAGAGCAGAUCGAUUAAGUGGGCGGAUCCAGGAUUUUAUUUUCACUUUCCAUAUCGAUAAUGAAUUGUUCCACACUUUUGUCAAUUUCUCCAGAAAUAUUACAGACACCUUGAUGAUAAAAAUAGAAAUACUUAGGGAAGUAAUAUCUAUGAGCGUUUAUAAUUUGGUGCAGCCUGUAUUAAGUGCUAUUCUAGUUCUCUGUGUUGGAAAGAAUUGAAUAAUAUAUGUAUUUCUCCACUGAUCAUAAGUCGGUCUCAGUCGUCAACCCUGAUGUUUGUACAGAACCAAAUGAAACUAAAUCUAAACUGACAGAAAUGAACUUUGAGAUUAUGUUUUUACUUGUACUUUCAAAUGAGAUCUUAAGAUCAGAGCUCAGCAGAUUCGGAAAAUUUUCUAGCGGGUUCAGAACGUUAAAUCUCGGUUGCAAGGAUCCCAAACUGAAACAUGUGCAGUCCCUGAUACGGCAGGCGUUCUUGUUUUGACUUGUUAUUUCUAUCCAAUAUCUUAAUUUCUAGGAAUUUUUAAACAACCGUGUGUGCGCUAAUCUUUUGGUAUCUGAGCUGGCUUCCUCACUCUAUAAGGUAUUGCAGAUUAACAUCAUUAUUUGUAUCUUUUUUACCCAUUUGUGGGAAAAACGAGAAUUAAAACUGCAUUAAUCAGCGCAAUAUUUAAAGGAUUAGUUGUAAUGCCAAUGUACCAAUGAUAUGUGACAAUGUUGAAGUAAUUCAAAGUAUUGAAAAUAUGUCACUCGCUGUACUAAUCUAAUAGUAUACCUUACAAAUUAUGUCAAUGGGUAUGUAUUCUGUAAUCUGUAAUAAAGUACAUUUUAAGGUAAUGUGGGAACAUUGGAA